AUGAUAAAGGAGAGCGACGGUAAUGUCCCAGUUAUGCAUGGGCGARUUCGGCGCCGUAAAGGUUCAAAUGAGGUUCCAGGUGAUGUUGACCAAGCAAAUGGAACCAAGUUACUGGCAAAAGAUCAAAAUAAGUACAAGUCAAUGUUGGUCCGUGCUUAUUCAACUAUUUGGAUGAUUGGCUUAUCAGCUGCCUAUAUCUUUGGUUUCUUCUUUGGAAAAACUCCAUUAAUCCAGUUAUCCCCUAAAAAGACCUGGGAAGGAUUCAUUGGAGCAUCAGUCACAACGAUUAUAUCUGCCUUCGUGCAUGCUAGUUUUUUUGGUCGCUUCCAGUGGUUGACAUGCCCUAGGAAGGACUUAUCAACUGGUUGGCUUCAAUGUGAGCCUGACCCUCUAUUUAAGCCGGAGAGCUAUGCUUUACCUGGAGAGCUUCCUGAAUGGUUCACAUGGACAGAGAUCCAAAUUCUGCCAGUGCAAUGGCAUGCUUUGGGUCUUGGACUUUUUGCUUCAAUCAUUGCACCUUUUGGUGGCUUCUUUGCUAGUGGUUUCAAAAGAGCCUUCAAUAUCAAGGAUUUUGGGGAUAGUAUUCCUGGACAUGGUGGGAUGACAGACAGAAUGGAUUGUCAGAUGGUGAUGGCCGUGUUUGCAUACAUCUAUCACCAGUCGUUUAUCGUGGCUCAAACCGUAUCCCUUGGGAUGAUAUUAGACCAGAUUGUAAUGAAUCUCUCGUAUGAGGAACAACGAGAACUAUACUGGAAACUUGGUCAGAUCAUUCAGGAUCGUCAGUUUGGUGAAUCCUGAAGAACACGAAACUUGGAUUAAGAUAGAUGUGUUGUGAAGUGGAUCUGGGUUCGUUGGUUAAAAUCAAGGGCUUGUAAUCUAUUCAAGCAUAUCAUGAGGUUUGUAUGUUGUUUGUUUCACAAGUUGAUGUCUUAAAAAGACUUAUAGUUUAAACACACAUGUAUAAGAAAGAGAGGUGUAGAGUGUAAUUUUAUCCCUUGUA